AUGGACUUACCGACCAUCCGCCAUCACUACUUACGCAACUGGUUUGGCGUGGACUUAUCCAUCCUCAUCGCGGACCUACUCUUGGAGCUGGUUUUCUUCGAAGGCUUCGGGGAGGUAAGGGCCGCGAAGUUCCUUCGGCUCGUGCGGCUUCUGCGCAUCAUCCGCUUGGGCAAGCUCACCCAUGUCUCCAUUGUUCUUCGUGAUCAGCUGCACUCGCGUGUUGCCUGCAUCCAGCUGAAUCUCUGCCUCGUGGUUCUCGGCAUCAUCCUUCUCGAGCAUGUGGUGGCUUGCUGUUGGCAUGGAAUCGGCUCCUUGACAACCGACACGUCUUGGCUCGAUGUACACAACAUUCGAGAUCGGCAUGUUUCAUUCCAGUAUGCUACAGCAAUGCGCUGGAGUCUGGCGCAACUAGGUCUCGGUGGAACCCAGAUAGAGGCAGUCUCGUAUGUUGAGUCUGUCUACUCCGGAAUCGUGGCGUUUGUCUCAUUGAUGUCGUUCUCCACCGUGAUUAGUUCAAUGACCUCCCUGAUCACCAGCCUCAACAAGGCUAAGGUCGAGGAGACAGACCAGUUUUGGCUGCUGCAGAAAUACCUGCGAGAGAAAGAUAUUGCGGGAAGCCUUGCUGAGCGCAUCACAGACUUCUUGCAAUAUGCCUAUCAUAGUCACACUGCUCAGCUCGCGGAGCGCCCGGACAUCCUGCACUUGCUGUCGAGGCCUCUUCAAGGUGAGCUGAACCUCAGCCUCUACCAAGACAGUCUUCUCAAGGUGUCCUUCCUGGCCCAGGUGUCCCAAAGCACUGCUGCUCACAGCACUGCCUUCCACAAAUUGGCCAGUGAGUCAGUGCACAUCGUGGAUACCGGUGCUGCAGAUGUAGUCUUUUCUGCGAGCCAAGAUGCGGAGACGACGUUCUUCCUUCUGAAAGGGUCCCUGCGGUACCAACACGUUCCAUCCGGCGAGCGGCAUGUGGACGGCAGAGGAUGGAUCGCAGAGAUGGCGCUUUGGACGAAGUGGCUUCACGCUGGUGACCUUGUCUCUACUGGCUUCUCCAAACUGGUGGCUAUGGACGUGGAGGGGUUUUGCAACUGCAUGGCCACCUCCCCGGAUCUUCGGAGCCGCACAUAUCAUUAUGCCAGGCUCUACACCGACGAAUUGAAGCGACAGCGUGUCCAAACCGACCUUUGGCUUUACGAAGAAGUUCCCGAGCGCGAGGAAGUGCCGGCCCAACGGGAUACCACAGGCUGGUGGAUGUUCUCAUGCUUGAAAGCAGGCUUCCGGGCCCAGCCUCGUACAAAGCAGAUCUUGCCUACCUCCUGA